CAGCUUGAUUGUAUAACUUCAAAAUUCCACGGAAACUUCCAUAAUCGUGGUAGUAUUGUUUUGUCGGAAAUCAAUUUAGUUUUCCUCGAGAAAGAAACCCUAGCGAAGUAAGUUGAUGUUUUCAUUAGUUUGCUCUGACGAAUAACAAUAAAUUCAUAAAUUUUAGAAGAGAACCCGAAUAGCUACUUUAAAAAUACCUUGACAUUUUUCACUGUUUUUGGAAACGGUUCAUUGGCUUUUCUACAUCCAUUUUUGCAAUAAUGAGUACACCGGCCAUCAGGGAUCUGCAGCAUCAGCUGGAAAACCAUGCCAAUUCUCUUAGCAAAAUUCAAAAGGACAUUGCAAAGAAUCAUCAAGUCAGAAAACAGUAUACGAUCCAGCAUGGUGAAAAUGAAAUGGUCCAGAAGGAGCUGGAGUUACUAAGUGAGGAUGCCAAUGUAUAUAAAUUGAUUGGACCUGUGUUAGUGAAGCAGGAUCUUGCCGAAGCGAAGGCCAAUGUUAGCAAGAGGAUUGAGUACAUAACUGCAGAACUGAGACGUUUGGAUGGGAUGCUUAAAGGAUUAGAGGAGCAACAAAAUGCCAAAAAAGAGGAGAUUUUAAAGAUUCAACAACGUGUGCAAGUCCUCCAGGCUGGAAAAGCCAAGGCCUAAUGCAUUUUGGCUCAAAUUGGAUCAAUGUGAUUUUGGAGGUGUGCUGUGAAUUGUGCAAUGCAUGGAAUGUGGUGGACAUUGAAAGAGUGAGAGUUUGGUGUAGAAUUGGAUCUUUCACAACUAUAUAUCCUACUUUCAGGCUUAAAAUUCUGUUACAUUUAAAAUGUGAGAUUGGCUCUUGUACAGUUAAAUUGUUUUUAAGGCCCUUAAGCAGUAGCAUAAGCUGUCUUUGGUGGAUGCUAGUAUGGAUGUUAAUCCCACUAUCGACUACAUGCAUUUGUUAUAAUUAUUCUAGAUAAAGUUGAAUGUAAAAACAGUGACAUUACUCCCUGGAAUAUUUGGGAUGGUGCGUGUUAACUGAUCACAGAAUGGGUUUGCCUGUACUAAGCAUGUAGUAGUAGUUCAAUUUUUGAUCUACAUGUUUCUUUUGAGCCUACAAUUGGACAACUUUUAAGCUUUUGUAAGUAAUAUUCUGGAAUUAGUACGUUGUACUUUCAAGCUGUCA